CAAUUUAUUAAAAGAUUUUUGAAUAUCCAAGUCCACACCCUUUUCUUCAUCCAGAUAAAUAACAUUCUUGAAUUUGAAAAUAGAUAAUGUACUAGUAAGGCAAGAUUCCCAUUAGUGAAUCUAGGUUGGAUUUUAUUUUUCUAUACUUUAUCAGAUGAUUUUGUAAAGCUUCUUUUAACAGACUGUAGAAUUUUUCCCACAACAGACAUAAGGCUACUGGCCUGUAAUUUUCAAGGCAACUCUUAUUACUACAUUUAAAAAUGGGCUAAUGUAAGGAACUCUCCAGUUCUCUGGCACCUGCCCUCUUUCUGUUAACCUACUAAAAUUGUAUCUGUUGUAAUUUUUGAAAUGUUCAUAAAACAUUUAAAAAUUGGUUUAUAGGGUAAAAUACACAAUUAAAAAGGUUUACAAUGAAAUUAAAUUUUAUGUUACACUAAGAAAACCCAGAAAUGAUUAAUUUUCUUUCCCUAACGUAAGGACACAAGUAUGGAAUGUUCAUUUUAAUCUUAACUCUGACCUUAAUCCAGUUCCAAACAAUGACUCUUGAGGCUUUUGUAUCAAAACACUUGGACUUGUUACACCUGGAGCAUGAGGCUGAAAUUGAUGAAAACAGAAAACUUCAUGCUUCUUGCUCUCUGAAAGAGCUCCAGCAACGAGGGGUGUGCAUUUUAAACUUGAGACUUGGAGGCCAUCGCACUGGGCUAUAUGGAAGAACCAAUUGUACAUUUGAACAUUUCUGGGGAAAGCUACUACCUACCAACUUAUUUAGUUCAGGGGACAUUGCUGGAGUUGCUUUAUCUCAGGAAAAAAAUGAGAACAUUUUGGCUUCGGGUAUUGUGACACGAACUACUGAAAAAGAAAUAUGUUUGUCAUUUGAUGAGAGUUUUGAUUUGCUCGAAAUUGACGAUAAAACACAGUACCGUCUUAUGAAGUUGACAAAUGAUGUAACUUACAAUCGACUAAAAAGAACUUUACUGCAGCUACAGAAAGGAAAUUAUGGACAUAGCUCUACAUUAGUUAGUGUUUUGUUUGGUGAUCAAGAACCAAGUGAGACAGUUACUCUCAUGGACAAUAGUUGGCAAAGCCAUUUUCAGUUUUUUCAGUCAGAACUAAAUGAUUCCCAGAAAGAAGCAGUGAUGUUUGCUUUGAAGCAAAAUGAAGUAGCUAUUGUCCAUGGCCCACCAGGCACUGGCAAAACCACAACAGUUGUAGAAAUAAUCUUGCAGACAGUUCACCAAAGACAAAAGGUGCUUGCAUGUGCUCCAUCAAAUGUAGCAGUAGACAACAUGGUGGAAAAACUCUCUAAGUAUAAAAUUCGAUUAGUUCGUCUUGGUCAUCCAGCUCGAAUUCUUUCUGUUGUUCAGCCAUAUUCUUUGGAUGCUUUGCUGAAGAACUCAGACAGCAAGGAUGUAAUCAAUGGCUUGUAUGCAGAUAUUGACAAUGUUGUGAUGAAAAUUAAGAAGACAAAAUGUAAAACAGAAAGACAGAAUUUAAGAAAGGAGAGCAAAAUCCUACAACAAGAGCUGAAACUCCGAGAGAAGCAAGCAGUGAUAAACCUCUUGAAACAGGCAGAUGUAGUAUUGUCUACACUGACAAGUGCUUCAUAUGAAAGCCCACUGAAGCACCUUCCUUCUUCUCAUUUUCAGCUAGUGGUCAUUGAUGAAUGUUCUCAAGCAGUUGAAGCAGCUUGUUGGAUUCCUCUUUUGCGAGCUCCACGAUGUGUUCUUGCAGGUGAUCAUCUUCAGCUGCCUCCAACCAUCACAUCAUUAAAAGCCGAAAAAGCAGGCCUUUCUGUCAGUUUAAUGGAAAGACUGUUAGAACUGUAUGGAGAAAAGGUCACUAAAAUGCUAACUGUCCAGUAUCGUAUGCAUCAAGACAUAAUGAAUUGGGCUUCAGAACAUAUGUAUCAACACAGGCUAAUUAGCCAUCCAUCAGUAGCAUCUCAUCUACUCAGAGAUCUUCCAGGUGUUGAAGAGAAUGAAGACACAUCUAUCCCACUGUUGUUGAUUGAUACAACUGGUUGUGGCCACUGGGAGAUGGAGCUUACAGACAAGGAAUCAAAAGGAAAUGAAGGUGAAGCUGACCUUGUGACCUUACAUGUAGACAAGUUAAUAGCAAGUGGUAUUAGGCCUGAAGACAUAGCCAUUAUUGCACCUUAUAACUUGCAGGUUGAUUUGUUGAAGUUGAGGCUUGCUAACAAAUAUCUGAAACUGGAGAUCAAAUCAGUUGAUGGAUUCCAAGGCCAAGAAAAGGAAGUGGUGAUUUUGUCAUUGGUUCGUUCCAAUUCUAUAGGUGAAAUUGGCUUCCUUGCUGAGAACAGAAGAAUUAAUGUAGCUGUUACUCGAGCAAAACGUCACUUAGCAAUAGUGUGUGACAGUGAAACGGUCUCUCACAACGAGUUUCUCAGAACUUUGAUGAACUAUAUAACUCAGCAUGGAGAUGUCCGUUCAGCCCAGCAAUAUGAAGCAGAAUUGAAGCUACUUCCAUCCAGCCGGCCUGCCAAGUUGCAUUAUCAGAAGGAAGUGAAAAAAACGUGUGAGUCUUCUACAAAGCAGAUUGAGAAACCUAAGGCACGUAAAAAGAAUAGAAACAAAAAUAAGAAAGAGGAAACUUCUACAAAGUUAGCUUCAGAUGGAAAAUACAGUACUGAUGAUUGUGUUUCAACAAAAGAAAGCCUUCACACCAGCACAGACUCUGAAAACAUUAGGAAAGAAAUUACAGACACACUUGAAAAAUUUGUAACCACUGAUAGUGAAGAAAGAUAUUCAUUUCCAUCAACUCUAACAGCUUUCGAAAGGCUCAUUGUUCAUGAGGUUGCAGAGUCUUUAGGUUUGCUCCAUCUUAGUGUUGGGGAGAAAGCUGAACGCCAUAUCACUGUUGAAAAGAAAUAUAUUGAUGUACAGUUGCAACCUAUACCAUCAACUUCUGUCGAGUGUGUCGCAGGUAUUGACAAACAAAGCUUGUCAAAGGAUAGUGAAACAAAAUCUUCAGAGACCAGUUUCAGAACUGGUCCUUCUAACUGUGUUGUCGAACACACUGUUUCCUUACUUCCAGAAAAAGAAUGUCAGCUGUGUAAGAAAUCAGUUCCAUCGGCCAACUUCAAAUUACAUUUAGUACAGUGUGAAAGAACUCCAAAACAGAAAUAUCCUAAAAAAACAGAUGUUUCAAGUAAAUUACUAAAAAGUGUGUCAGAUGAUGUUGAUUUGGACACAUUACUGACAAAGGUUAAAACAGCUGACAAUAGAUGCAGUUUUCCUAAGUGUAAACAAUCUAUUGUUACCCUGGGACAGCUUUGUACAUUUUGUAAUUUUCGCUACUGUUUAAGCCACCAUAUUCCAGAAGUCCAUGGCUGUGGGCAAGCUGCAAAGGACCAUGCCCGAAGUAGAAUCCGAAAGGAGGGCAAGAUUUACCCAGGAAGUGGUCGGCCUCAACAAAAGCCAGAGCCUGCAAAACGUGCACAGUUACAGUUGAGUCUGAACAAAAAGAUCUCGGAGCUGUCAAGUAAAAGAAAAGUCAACAAACCUUAACAGUGAAAUAAAUGUUAAAGAGUAAGAAUAAUAUUUAUCUAAUCCUAGAAUUAAUCAGCUAAAGUUUUAAAAAUGUUUACUUAAUCAUGUUUUUCUCAACUAUUAAAUUGUAACUAUAAUGUUUUGUCAGAUCCAAUUUGGUUGUAUAAAGCAAAAUAAAAAUUGGAGUGGCAUGAAAUUAGUUUAUAGCAGUAUUUCUAACUUUGUUCAUCUACUUUGAAUCCCCAAAUAAAACAAAUG